CUCGGCGCCUGCGCAGGAGAGGCGGGAGACUCGGGGUGCGGGCUCCCGGCGCCUGCUCCUGUCAGUCGGUGGGUCGGUCCUCCCGCCGGCCCUCCCCCUCCGCGCUCCUCCGGGGGAGGCGCGGCGGAGUCCGCCCCCGGGAUCCCCCGAUGGGGGAGAAGCGGCGACGGCGGCAGCGGAAUAACCGAGCCGGAGCGUGAGCGGCCCCGGGGCCCGGCCGCCCGCGGAGGCCAUGGGCGACCCAGCCCCCGCCCGCAGCCUGGACGACAUCGACCUGUCCGCCCUGCGGGACCCUGCUGGAAUCUUCGAGCUGGUGGAAGUGGUCGGCAAUGGAACUUACGGACAGGUGUACAAGGGUCGGCAUGUCAAGACUGGGCAGCUGGCUGCCAUCAAGGUCAUGGAUGUCACGGAGGAUGAGGAGGAAGAGAUCAAACAGGAGAUCAACAUGUUGAAGAAAUAUUCUCACCACCGUAACAUCGCCACCUACUAUGGGGCCUUCAUAAAGAAGAGCCCCCCUGGGAAUGAUGACCAGCUCUGGCUGGUGAUGGAGUUCUGUGGGGCUGGCUCCGUGACAGACCUAGUGAAGAACACAAAGGGGAAUGCCCUGAAGGAGGACUGUAUCGCCUACAUUUGCAGGGAGAUUCUCCGGGGUCUGGCCCAUCUCCAUGCCCACAAGGUGAUCCAUCGAGACAUCAAAGGGCAGAACGUGCUGCUGACAGAGAACGCGGAGGUCAAGCUAGUGGACUUUGGGGUGAGUGCUCAGCUGGACCGCACCGUGGGCAGGCGGAACACUUUCAUCGGGACCCCCUACUGGAUGGCCCCAGAGGUCAUCGCCUGUGAUGAGAACCCUGAUGCCACCUAUGACUACAGGAGUGACAUUUGGUCUCUAGGAAUCACAGCCAUCGAGAUGGCAGAGGGGGCCCCCCCUCUGUGUGACAUGCACCCCAUGCGAGCCCUCUUCCUCAUCCCACGGAACCCACCCCCCAGACUCAAGUCCAAGAAAUGGUCUAAGAAGUUCACUGACUUCAUUGACACGUGUCUUAUCAAGACCUACUUGAGCCGCCCACCCACAGAGCAGCUGCUCAAGUUCCCCUUCAUCAGGGACCAGCCCACAGAGCGGCAGGUCCGCAUCCAGCUCAAGGACCACAUUGACCGCUCCCGCAAGAAGCGAGGCGAGAAAGAGGAGACGGAGUACGAGUACAGCGGCAGUGAGGAGGAGGAUGACAGCCAUGGAGAGGAGGGCGAGCCCAGCUCUAUCAUGAACGUGCCGGGGGAAUCCACACUGCGCCGGGAGUUCCUGCGGCUGCAGCAGGAGAACAAGAGCAACUCUGAGGCUUUGAAGCAGCAGCAGCAGCUGCAGCAGCAGCAGCAACGAGACCCUGAGGCACACAUCAAGCAUCUCCUGCACCAGCGCCAGCGCCGCAUCGAGGAGCAGAAGGAGGAGCGGCGGCGUGUGGAGGAGCAACAGCGGCGGGAGCGGGAGCAGCGGAAGCUGCAGGAGAAGGAGCAGCAGCGCCUGGAGGACCGGCAGGCCCUGCGGCGGGAGGAGGAGAGGCGGCAGGCCGAGCGGGAGCAGGAGUACAAGCGGAAGCAGCUGGAGGAGCAGCGGCAGUCUGAGCGGCUCCAGAGGCAGCUGCAGCAGGAGCACGCCUACCUCAAGUCCCUGCAGCAGCAGCAGCAGCAGCAGCAGCAGCAGAAGCAGCAGCAGCCGGGCUUGCCCACCGAUAGGAAGCCGCUAUACCACUACGGCCGGGGCAGCAGUCCUGCUGACAAGCCUGCCUGGGCACGAGAGGUUGAGGAGAGGACGAGGAUGAACAAGCAGCAGAACUCCCCCUUGGCCAAGACCAAGCCAAGCAGCACAGGGCCUGAGCCCCCCCUUCCCCAGGCCGCCCCCGGGCCUCCGGGCCCCCUUUCCCAAACUCCGCCUAUGCAGAGGCCGGUGGAGCCCCAGGAGGGACCACACAAGAGCCUGGUGGCACACCGGGUCCCACUGAAGCCAUAUGCAGCGCCUGUACCCCGAUCCCAGUCCCUGCAGGACCAGCCCACCCGAAACCUGGCUGCCUUCCCAGCCUCCCAUGAGCCUGACCCGGCUGUCCCCACGCCCACCACCACGCCCAGCGCCCGAGGAGCCGUCAUCCGCCAGAAUUCAGAUCCCACCUCUGAAGGGCCUGGCCCCGGCCCAAACCCCCCAGCCUGGGUCCGACCGGAUACUGAGGCCCCCCCCAAGGUGCCUCAGAGGACCUCCUCCAUUGCUGCCGCGCUCAACACCAGUGGGGCCGGAGGGGCCCGGCCCACUCAGGCUGUCCGCGCCAGACCUCGCAGCAACUCCGCCUGGCAAAUCUAUCUGCAAAGGCGGGCAGAGCGGGGCACCCCCAAGUCUCCAGGGCCCCCCGCUCAGCCCCCUGGCCCGCCCAACGCCUGUAGCAACCCCGACCUCAGGAGGAGCGACCCCAGCUGGGAGCGGCCGGAAGGUGCCCUCCCCGCUCACGGGCACCUGCCCCAGGCUGGCUCGCUGGAGCGGAACCGUGUAGGAGCCUCCUCCAAACUGGAUAGCUCCCCAGUGCUCUCCCCUGGGAACAAAGCCAAGCCUGAUGACCACCGCUCACGGCCAGGCCGGCCUGCAAGCUAUAAGCGUGCCAUCGGUGAGGAUUUUGUGCUGUUGAAGGAGCGAGCCCUGGACGAUGCCCCACGGCCACCCAAGAAGGCCAUGGACUACUCGUCCUCCAGUGAGGAGGUGGAGAGCAGUGAAGAUGAGGACGAAAGCAAUGGCGAGCCCUCAGAGGGGAGCAGAGACCCCCCUGGGGCCCGCGAUGGGGACACGGACAGCGUCAGCACCAUGGUGGUCCACGACGUGGAAGAGAUAGCUGGGACCCAGACCCCCUAUGGGGGUGGCACCAUGGUAGUCCAGCGCACUCCUGAAGAGGAGCGCAGCCUGCUGCACGCAGACAGCAAUGGCUACACAAACCUGCCAGAUGUUGUCCAGCCCAGCCACUCGCCCACCGAGAGCAGCAAAGGUCAAAGCCCCCCCUCGAAGGAUGGAGGUAGUGAUUACCAGUCUCGUGGGCUGGUAAAGGCCCCUGGCAAGAGCUCAUUCACGAUGUUUGUGGACUUAGGGAUCUACCAGCCUGGAGGCAGUGGGGAUACCAUCCCCAUCACAGCCUUGGUGGGGGGAGAGGGCGGCCGGCUGGAUCAGCUCCAGUACGACGUGCGUAAAGGCUCCGUGGUCAACGUGAACCCCACCAACACCCGUGCCCACAGCGAGACCCCCGAGAUUCGCAAGUACAAGAAGCGGUUCAAUUCAGAGAUCCUCUGUGCAGCUCUUUGGGGUGUCAACCUGCUGGUGGGCACAGAAAAUGGCCUGAUGCUACUGGACCGGAGUGGGCAGGGCAAGGUGUACGGGCUCAUCGGGCGGCGGCGCUUCCAGCAAAUGGAUGUCCUAGAAGGGCUCAACUUGCUCAUCACCAUCUCAGGGAAAAGGAAUAAACUGCGGGUGUACUACCUGUCCUGGCUCCGGAACAAGAUUCUGCACAAUGACCCAGACGUGGAGAAGAAGCAGGGCUGGACCACUGUGGGCGACAUGGAGGGCUGCGGGCACUACCGCGUGGUGAAGUACGAGCGCAUUAAGUUCCUGGUCAUCGCGCUAAAGAGCUCCGUGGAGGUGUACGCCUGGGCCCCCAAACCCUACCACAAGUUCAUGGCCUUCAAGUCCUUUGCAGAUCUCCCUCACCGCCCUCUGCUGGUUGACCUGACUGUGGAGGAGGGUCAGCGGCUCAAGGUCAUCUAUGGCUCCAGUGCCGGCUUCCAUGCUGUGGACGUGGACUCGGGGAACAGCUAUGACAUCUACAUCCCUGUGCACAUCCAGAGCCAGAUCACGCCCCAUGCCAUCAUCUUCCUCCCCAACACUGACGGCAUGGAGAUGCUGCUGUGCUAUGAGGACGAAGGCGUCUACGUCAACACAUAUGGGCGGAUCAUUAAGGACGUGGUGCUGCAGUGGGGAGAGAUGCCCACUUCUGUGGCCUACAUCUGCUCCAACCAGAUCAUGGGCUGGGGUGAGAAAGCCAUUGAGAUCCGCUCGGUAGAGACAGGCCACCUGGACGGUGUCUUCAUGCACAAACGAGCCCAGAGGCUCAAGUUCCUGUGUGAGCGGAAUGACAAGGUGUUUUUCGCCUCAGUCCGCUCUGGGGGCAGCAGCCAAGUUUACUUCAUGACGCUGAACCGAAACUGCAUCAUGAACUGGUGACAGAGCCAGCUCACCCCACAGCCAGACUCCCCAGGCCGCCCUCCUUUCCCCUCCCUGGGCUUUUGCUUUCGACUGGAUUGAUUCACUGGAGCCUGCUGGGAACGUGACCUCUGACCCCUGAUGCUUUUGUGAUCACGUGACCAUCCUAUUUCCCUCCCCACAAUACUUCUCCCCCCAAAACUGUGCCUGUCCUGGUUCUGGGGAGAGGCACAGCUUCCCCUUACAGGAACCAAGUGGACUGAGCCCCACUCCCUUUUCUCCACUUGAGGAGAGUGCUGGGGCAUGCACCCCGUACCCCACUGCUGCUGACCUGCUGACCGGGCAGGGCCCUGGGCCCCUUCAUUUGCACGUCAGGGGAGCCGGCUCCCCCCUUGAAUGUACCAGACCCUGGGGGGGGUCACUGGGCCCUAGGUGUGUGGGGGGGGUGUCGCCUGCCACUCCAGGGGCAGGGACCAUUUCCUCAUUUUCUGAAAGCACUUUAAUGAUUCCCCUCUCCCCAAACCCCAGGGAAUGGAGGGGGGACCCCGCCAGCCAAAACAUUUCCCCCUUUCCAGCCCCAGUUCUUUCUAGCCUCGGACCUUCCCUGGUGGAGGGAGGGAACAGGGAGCUCUGUCCCCCCACCCCCACCCCCUUGCUUGCCUCUGUAUAUAGUGUGAGCAGCAAGUAGCCCCGCCCCCUCCCAAUGUAGUGGCCUUGGAUCUUCCGUUUGUUAAUAAAGACAAUUCAACCAGC